UAGCUAAUACCCCUUUCCUCGUUCCACGGCGAUUAUUUCUGCGUCUACGUGAUAGUUACAACGUGUUCAUUAAUGUGAUAGAAGACAGAAAAUAAUGUCUCUUUCAGGGUUAUUCCCCUUGACGUGCAUAGGAGUAGCAACCGAGUUUCAUUUUCUGUUACCGUAGGUUAACUGUUAAUGUUAAAUGUUUGCAGACACCAGUCUCAGUAAUUUUGUAAAGAUGAGUAAAAGGGAUUUUGGGUCAUUUCACUCUUCAAACGCAGAAGAACUCAUCAAUGCUUCAGAGGCCUGCUAUAAACCACCAGAUCAACCAUUUGACGUGCCUACUUUUACAGAGUAUCAUUCUGAGUCCAUCCAGUUCGGAGCAAAGUGUCGCCAGAAACACUUUUACCUGGAGGUCUGCUAUAAACCACCAGAUCAACCAUUUGACGUGCCUACUUUUAUAGCGUGUCAUUCUGAGUCCAUCCAGUUCGGAGCAAAGUGUCGCCAGAAACACUUUUACCUGGAGGCCUGCUAUAAACCACCAGAUCAACCAUUUGACGUGCCUACUUUUACAGAGUAUCAUUCUGAGUCCAUCCAGUUUGGAGCAAAGUGUCGCCAGAGACACUUUUACCUGGAGGCCUGCUAUAAACCACCAGAUCAACCAUUUGACGUGCCUACUUUUACAGAGUAUCAUUCUGAGUCCAUCCAGUUCGGAGCAAAGUGUCGCCAGAGACACUUUUACCUGGAGGAUAGCUGUACUUUUAUUAAUCAUGGAGCCAUGGGUGCAGUUCUUAAAGAAGCCAUGGAAGUAGCCCAGAAGUGGCAGAUCUACACAGAGAGCCAACCACUGAGGGUCAUUGACAGAGAGCUUAUUCCUCAACUGGUGCAUUCCGCCAGGCGUUUGGCAAAAUUUGUCAACUGUGACCCAAGUGAGCUUGUGUUAGUGGCCAAUGUGUCCUCAGCUCUCAGUGCUGUGGUGAACAGUCUUCAGUUCCAGCCUGGAGAGAAGAUCUUCUGCCUCAGUGUCACUUAUGGGGCAUUAAAGAAGCUCCUGAGACACAGGUGUUCAGAGACAGAGGCAGUAAUCCAGGAAGAACUUGUACAAUUCCCACUUACUGGAAAACAGCAGGUACUCGACCUUGUGAAGGAUAAACUGGAACCAGGCACGAAACUGGCUGUAUUUGACCAUAUCCCUAGCAAUACACCAUUUGUUAUGCCAUUGGAGGAGAUCAUACCACUGUGUAAGGAAAGGGGAGUUCCAGUGCUGAUUGAUGGAGCCCAUGCCCUGGGUUCUCUCCCCUUGAAUCUGGCUGCUCUUGGUGCAGAUUACUACACAUCUAAUGCUCACAAGUGGCUCUGUGCUCCUAAAGGAUGUGCCUUCCUCUAUGCCCGCAAAGAACUUCAACACGACAUCAACCCAUGUGUCAUUUCCCAUGGAUUUGAAGGUGGAUUUCAUUCCAAAUUUAUAUGGCAAGGUCUGAAAGAUUACAGUGCCUUCAUAGCGCUGAGAACAGUUCUGGAUUUCUGGGAAGUGGUUAAACCUGAGAAUAUAAGACUAUAUAUCAAUUCACUUACUAAAGAUGCUGCCACCAUGUUGACUAAAUGCUGGGAUACUGCUUUGGCCGCACCAGAGGAUAUGUUCAGAUCCAUGUGCCUUGUGCAACUGCCGGCAGCACUAUACCAGACAUCAUCAACUGUCAACUACAACACAGCAGAGGAAAUUCAAAGUAUCUUAUUCCACAGAUAUAACAUAGAAGUUCCCAUCAAAGCAGUACAAGGUGAGCUUUAUGUUAGAAUAUCCGCUCACAUUUACAAUCAGAUGUCAGAUUAUGAGACGCUCGCUGAGGCCAUCACACAACUGGUGAAGGAAAAGUGGACACGAGGCAACACCUGAAGAGUGAUGCUGAGUUUCAAGUCGUUACUGUUACAAAAAAAUCUUAUUGUAUUGAAUGACUCACAUUUCUCACAUUUAUGGCAUUUACAUAACAAUUAUUUGGUAUUGCACUUAAGAAGAGAUUGACUGUACACAUAAAUUACUCAUCGUUGCCUAUCCCUGGUAAGAAAGGGAGCUGAGAAUUCACCUAAUGUUUGGUAUGUCACACCCUAUAGAGUUUCCUUUGUGAUAUUUGAUUGAAACUUUGUACAAGUUCAGUAGUGAUAAA